AUGUCGGACAAGUUUGGUUCGUACGUGUCGUCGAAUGAACGCCACACCCUGGAGACCAACCCCCGGCUGCGUGGCAUGAAUUACACCCACGCUUGGGUGAACCACUCCGAAAACUUCGUCAACCCAAUCAACGGUGCCCACACACAGUCAAUCGAAGGUGUGUGGGAGGUGAGGAUCAAACAAUACCUCAAGGCGAUGCGCGGGGUGCACCGCAAGCACCUCCCUGGGUACUUAGACGAAUUUUUGUGGCGUUCCUGGUUUUUUCUCCAGAAAGCUGACGGCAAAAUGGUGUUCAAGGGACUUGUCAUUGCCAUUCGUAAACAGUACUUGAAGUAA